UCCUCCUGCCUCCUGAGCUUGGGUGUUGCUCCUCACUGCAGGACACCUCCCAGCCAGUUCAUACCGCUGGUGUCCACAGCAACGCUCCUGGUCCCCAAGUGUCAUCACUGGCUGCUGCGUCUCGAAUGAAAUGCAGGCCAUCAAGUGUGUGGUGGUGGGUGAUGGGGCUGUGGGCAAGACAUGCCUUCUCAUCAGCUACACCACCAAUGCCUUCCCUGGAGAGUACAUCCCCACUGUGUUUGACAACUAUUCGGCCAAUGUGAUGGUGGACAGUAAGCCUGUGAACCUGGGGCUAUGGGACACCGCAGGCCAGGAGGACUAUGACCGCCUCCGGCCACUCUCCUACCCGCAGACGGAUGUAUUCCUCAUCUGCUUCUCACUCGUCAGCCCGGCCUCCUAUGAGAACGUCCGAGCCAAGUGGUUCCCUGAGGUACGACACCACUGCCCCAGCACUCCUAUCAUCCUGGUUGGUACCAAGCUGGACCUGCGGGAUGACAAGGACACCAUUGAGAAGUUGAAGGACAAGAAGCUGGCUCCCAUCACCUACCCACAGGGCCUGGCACUGGCAAAGGAUAUUGAUUCAGUGAAGUAUCUGGAAUGUUCUGCACUCACCCAGCGAGGCCUGAAGACCGUCUUCGAUGAGGCCAUCAGGGCUGUCCUGUGCCCACAGCCUACUCGACAGCAGAAGCGUCCCUGCAGCCUGCUCUAGAGGUCUCAUUCCAGUCCUCCUGCCCUGAUGGUCUUGACCCUCCAGGGUUCCUACCAAAGCCCAACGAUGCGCUGAUGGAGCAUGCCAUCCCCUCCUUGUGGUGUUUCUUCCCAGACAGCUGCAGAACUUGCCUAUCUCCUCAGUGGAGAUCCCCUGGGGAUGGAGGAUGUUGAUAGGCCACAUCCUAUCUGGAAUACUCCUGUGUUCCCAGGGACCAAAGGGAGCCCCAGGACUCAGCCAGCCAUCCUUAUAUCAUACAGUGCCAUACACCCACCUUCUCCAGGCCUUCCUGACUCCCUCUUGAAGUUUCUAGUUCCCAUGGCCUGCCACCAUCAUGUGUCUUCAGGGACAGGCUCUCUUGCUCCAAUACCCCCAAUUCACAUUGUUGGAGUCAUCUCUCUCCCAGAAACAAAGGGAGAGAUGUGUGAGUCUGCUUCUCUGUUCUCCUUCUUCAGAAAAAAACACAGAACAAAUCCAUUUCUGUACAUUUCUUGUCUGCCCAGCCAAGUGAGGGGUCCAGCCUACCCCUACCAUCUUUCAAGACUUCCCACUUUAUUCAAGGGGUCCUGAGCUGUAUUUUCUUGACUGUCCACCUCACCCUGCCAGCCAGGAGCAGAACCACUGCAGAUAGAAAAUACAGCUCUCUUGCUUAUGCAGAAAAUAAAUAUAUGGUUUGAGUUGGAA